CGAUCUGUCUUAAGGCGAUCUGUAUCCAGAUGCAGGCGACGCAGUCCUUUGUACACCGCAGCAGACUCUCGCCUCCACCAGAAGUACCGAAAGAAUCGGGACGAGCGAUCUUUGUCGUCCGGCAUUAAGUCGCCAGAUUUCUGCAAAGUCCAUAGCUGUCCAUUAGACGGCUCAUUGCAAUUUGUGUGACAUUUUAGUGAAACUAGCUGGAGGGAGUGUAAAAAUAUGGGAAAUGAAAAGAGUAUCUACUUGUUAUUUGAUGAUUAGUGAAUAGUUCAAGAAUAUUUUUACAUAUUCUAAGAUGCAUUAGGUUUCCUUGCCAAAAGUAUGAUGAGUAGGACAAAUAAAAGGCAGGAGUUGAUUGGUAACUGUAAUGAAGGAACCUCUGCCCGUACUCGACCUCUCAGCUUUGAAGAUAUCAUGUUGAAGCGAAAAAAGAAACUCACAGCUGAUGGUAAAGAAAGAACAAGAAGCUGGAAGGAACAGUUGGUACAGAAUGAUGUAAAACUCACUUCAGACCAAAUGGAUGGUGUGAGGACCAAUAAGGGCAUGAAGGAAUUGAAGGAUGAGAAGAAAGAAAGCUCUAUCAAGGCAAAAGGAAAAACAAUGAAGGUAAAGGAUGGUCAAUUAGGGAGCACCUAUAAGCACAAGCUUGAUUUUGAUGUUAAUGAGGUAUCAAAAUCAAACUACACGAGUAACCGCAAGGAUAAUGGAAGAAUGAAUGAAAAGAAAAAUAAUCAUAGGAGCAGAGAUGACAAAAUGGAAACAAGUCUUAGAAAAGAUCUGGAAAGGAAACAACUGAACCAUAGCACAGAAAAGGAUAAACAUAAGGAUAGAGAGAGAAAACCAAGAGAGGAGAUACAAAGAAAGGAACAUUGUUAUACCUAUGAAAAAAAUAGAUCAGAAACUCAGUACUUUAGUUUGAGAAAGUUUGAUAGGUAUGAUUCUCAGAGACUUCAAUAUUCAGAAUAUGCUGAAAGAAAUGAUAGAAGGAAGGAUGCUUCAAAGCCUUAUUUUGAAGAACCCAAGUCAAAAAGGAGGAGAUCUAGAAGCCCAGAACGUGAACGUGAACGUGAACCAGAACACUAUAGGUCCUCUCCUGAGGUACAUAAGCAUUCCUAUCGUGGAUGGGUGCAUGAACAUUCAUCAUUUUCAUCACACCAAGAAAAAUCAAGGAGAAAGCAUUCUGAUGGGGACAAGCUGAUAACGUCAGGGAAUGAUGGGUAUAAUGCUUCCAAUCAUCACAAACAUGGGAGUGGGCUUGGUGGCUACUCUCCUAGGAAGAAGAGACCUGAAGCUCCUCAUAGGAGUCCAUCACCAAUUCUUCCGUCUCAAGAACGGAAAGCUGCCAAAUGGGAUCAUCCUCCUUCAGAGGCAAGGAAUUCUGGUUUCAGAGUGAUGCCUUCUAAUGAUCAGACAGCUUUCACUAAGAUACAAGAGCCAGCCUUAACUGAACCAGUCACAGCAGCCGCCGAAAUUCCACCGCAUGCACCUGCUGCAGAGAUUCCAUCAUUUGUGAUUAGUGCAUCUGUUGAUUCUGUGCAGCUAACACAAGCAACCCGUCCUAUGAGAAGGCUUUAUGUAGAAAAUUUACCUGCAUCAGCUUCUGAAAAGUCAGUAGUGGAUUUUCUUAAUGAUCUGUUAGUAUCAUCAGGUGUUAAUCACAUCAAAGGAACUAGUGCAUGUAUCAACUGCAUAUUACAUAAAGAGAGAAAUCAAGCUCUUGUUGAAUUUCUCACACCCCAGGAUGCUAAUUCUGCCCUCACAUUUGAUGGAAGGUCAUUCUCUGGAGCACUUCUUAAAUUCAGAAGGCCAAAAGACUUUGUUGAAGCAUUAACUGAUGCUCCAGAGAAAGAACAGGAAGAGAUAAGCGUGGUAGCUGAUAUUGUGAGGGAAUCACCCUACAAGAUCUUCAUAGGAGGAAUUUCUGAGGAUAUCUCAUCUAAUAUGCUUAAAGAGAUUGUUGGUGCAUAUGGGAAUCUUAAAUCAUAUCACUUUGGGUUUGACAAGAAACUUAAUGGACCAUGUGCUUUUCUUGAGUAUGAAGACCAUUCAAUUACUUCAAAGGGAUGCGCUGGGCUAAAUGGGAUGAAGCUUGGUGGAUGUAUUCUAACUGUAGUGCAAGCUUUUCCUGAUUUCGAGGUUGAGGAAAAAACUGAAAGUGCUCCAUGUUAUGAUAUUCCCGCACAUGCCAAGCCACUACUGCUCCCAUUGACUAAAGUCCUUCAUUUAAAAAAUGUGCUCACUGAGGAGGAACUUAAGCUGUUUUCUGAAUCUGAACUGGAGGAAAUAUUAGAAGAUGUACGUUUGGAGUGCAUGAGGUUUGGAACUGUAAAAGAAGUCAACAUUGUAAGAUAUAAUAAUGACCAAGUAGGUGCUGCUGGAGUUUUCGAAGAAUCGUGUGUUAAUCAAUAUUCCGUCCAGAUAGAAUGCAGAAUGGAGGAUCCAGAUGAUAAGAAUCAACACUCUCAAGAUCUAAUGCCUAAAGAAGACAUUGAAAGGGCAGGAGGUAUAAGCAAUGGUACUAACAUGCCCCUCGGGGAGUCUGUAAUCACCCAUGGGACUGAUUGUUCUGCGCCUGCAAUAGAGGUUGGCCAACAGGUAGCUAAUGAGGAAAUUGGCCAACAGCUGGAGAAUGAUGAGGAUGCAAGCAUGAAUGAAGAGAUUGGCCUGAUACCUUGUUCAUCUUCACCAAAACUAGGUUCGGUGGACACCGAGAUUGAAAGUAGUGCUUGCCUGAAUAAUAUUGUUGCUGAACCUGCAGAAUUAACAGCAAAUGAAGCCGAUGGAAUAAAGAAGGAUGUGGAAAUUGCUAGUGUGGAUUCUGCAGCAGUAGCAGACGAAGAGCGAACUGAUGAUGGAAAGGAUGAAAAUGAGGAUGAUGAUGAAUUUGUGUUUGAACCAAGCAGUAUAUUUGUGGAGUUCCUAAGGAAAGAAGCAGCUUGUUUCGCAGCACACUCGCUGCAUGGCCGAACUUAUGGUAAACAGACUGUCACAGCUGGUUUUUUCCCUUACGAUAAGUAUCUGGCACGAUUCCAUGGAUUAAAGCAACCAUGACAAAUAUUCUUGCAUUCUUCACUUUAAAAUGUCUGUCCUAAUUGAAGAUUUUGCAGGAGUAGACUCCAUAAAGGAAAUUGGAGGUUAGUUAGUCAUUUUACCCAUAUCUAAAUAUUACAAAUAUCAAUACUCCAGUUCCCUCUGCUAUUCAUUGUAAUUAGAUUGAAAAUGAGUUUGUUCUGUGAUGAAGAGUGGAAUAUUACCUGCCAACUCAUUGCCUUGAUGUAUUUGGAGUUCCUUUUACUUGGGCAUGUGCUCAUUAUGAAUUUCACAUUGUUGAAAA